CGCGGCGGCCGCAGCGCAGAUGCUUCCUCAGACACCUCUGAAAGCGUAGUUGACUGACUGUGAACUUGCCUAACGGGCUGCUUGAAAGUUUCCAUCAGGACGAGGCUUCAAGUCCUCCUGUCAGAUGCUUUUCUUGCUCUCUGAUGUUCCUCUGCCUCUCUAGUCAUGCUGUUUUACUUCCAGAAUGAGGUUGUAGCUAAGAAGUGAGCAGGAUGCCCCCGGGCAUUUACUGCCCUGUGGAAUUCUGGUCCAAGGGGGAAAACCAAAACAUCCAGGUGGACUUUCUGCUGCCCACAGGCAUAUACCUAAACCUCUCCGUGUCCUGUAAUGCCAGCUUGGGCACCAUCAAGCAGGUGGUGUGGCAACAUGCACAGUAUGAGCCGCUAUACCAUAUGCUCAAUGAUCCUGAGGCCUAUGUGUUCACGUGCAUCAACCAGACAGCAGAACAGCAAGAGUUGGAAGAUGAGCAACGACGACUCUGUGACAUCCAGCCCUUCCUGCCGGUGCUGCGGCUCGUGGCUCGAGAAGGCGACAGGGUCAAGAAGCUUAUUAACUCCCAAAUCAGCCUGCUCAUUGGAAAAGGUUUACAUGAGUUUGAUUCUGUGCAAGACCCGGAGGUGAACGAUUUCCGCAUCAAAAUGCGCCAGUUCUGUGAGGAGAGAGCAGCAAAGCGGCAGCAGCUGAGCUGGGCAGCUUGGAUGGAGUACAACUUCCCUUUGCAGUUGGAGCCAUUGGCCAAAGGCUUUGGGACUGGCCCCCUACAAACCCCCACCAAGAACAUUUUUGUCAACAUCAAGUUUCAGUCUGGCGGGGAGAGCUUCACUUUCCAGAUCUCCCCAAAAGAGUUCCCCAUCACGCUAAUGAGCUAUGCGAUCAAGAAGCAGGCUACUGUCUUCCGCCACGAGACUAUGGAGAAGCCAGAGGAUUAUACCCUCCAAGUGAAUGGCAAAUGGGAAUAUCUCUAUGGGAACUAUCCCCUGUACCAGUUCCAGUAUAUCCGCAGCUGCCUGCACCGAGGCCUGACGCCCCACCUCACCAUGGUGCACUCCUCCACUAUCAUUGCCAUGAGAGAUGAGCAAACCAACUGCAUUGCCAACCCCCCAAAGAUGACUUCGAAGCCUCCCCCACUCCCUAAGAAGAAGCCAAACUAUGGUUCUCUCUGGUCCCUAGAGCAAUCCUUCUACAUUGAGCUGGUGCAAGGAAGCAAGGUCAAUGCGGAUGAGAGAAUGAAGCUGGUGGUGCAAGCAGGUCUUUUUCAUGGCAAUGAGAUGCUGUGCAAGAUGGUGUCAAGCUCUGAAGUGAAUGUAUGCUCGGAGCCUGUGUGGAAGCAGAGGCUGGAUUUUGAUAUCAACAUCUGUGAUCUUCCCCGAAUGGCGCGGCUCUGCUUCGCUCUCUAUGCUGUCAUCGAAAAGGCAAAGAAGGCGCGUUCCACCAAGAAGAAGUCCAAGAAAGCUGACUGCCCAAUUGCCUGGGUGAAUGUCAUGCUUUUUGACUACAAGGACCAGCUGAAAACAGGAGAGUGCUGCUUGCACAUGUGGUCCUCCUUUCCAGAUGAGAAAGGAGAACUUCUGAACCCCAUGGGUACAGUACAGUGCAACCCCAACACAGAGAGUGCAGCAGCCUUGGUCAUUUGCUUCCCCAGCAUUGCCUCACAUCCUGUGUAUUACCCGUCGUUUGAACAGCUGCUGGAGUUGGGGAGAAAUGGAGAACAGCCCCGCGCUGCCCUGGAAGACCCUGAGGAGAAACUGCAACUGAAGGAGAUACUGGAACGGAGGAGCCACACUGAGCUUUAUGAGCAUGAGAAAGACCUGGUCUGGAAGAUGAGAUAUGAUGUCCGUGACCAGUACCCACAGGCUUUGGCAAAGCUCCUCAUCAUCACCAAAUGGAACAAGCAUGAAGAUGUAGCCCAGAUGAUUUCCCUGCUUCAGACCUGGCCAGAGCUGCCUAUCCUGAAUGCCUUGGAGCUGCUGGAUUUCAGCUUCCCUGACCGUUACGUUGGCUCCUUUGCUAUCAACUCUUUAAAGAAGCUGACGGAUGGUGAAUUGUUCCAAUACCUGCUACAACUGGUCCAGGUGCUUAAGUAUGAAUCCUACUUAGACUGUGAAUUAACCAAGUUCCUACUGGACAGGGCAUUAGCCAACCGCAAGAUAGGCCACUUCCUCUUCUGGCAUCUCAGGUCAGAGAUGCAUGUCCCUGCAGUCGCCUUGAGGUUUGGCCUGAUCCUGGAAGCAUAUUGCAGAGGCAGCACCCACCACAUGAAAGUUUUAAUGAAACAGGGAGAAGCACUCAACAAGAUGAAAGCUCUGAAUGACUUUGUCAAAGUGAGUUCUCAGAAGGCCACAAAGCCUCAAACCAAGGAGAUGAUGCAUAUGUGUAUGAAGCAGGAAACUUACCUUGAAGCACUUUCCCACCUCCAGUCCCCACUGAACCCCAACAUUAUCCUUGCUGAAGUCUGCGUGGAGCAAUGCACUUUUAUGGACUCCAAGAUGAAACCUCUAUGGAUUGUGUUUAAUAAUGAAGAGACAGGUGGAGGUGGAGUGGGUAUAAUUUUUAAAAAUGGAGAUGAUCUCCGUCAGGAUAUGCUGACGCUGCAGAUGAUACAGUUGAUGGACAUCCUAUGGAAGCAGGAGGGCCUGGACCUGAGGAUGACCCCUUAUGGCUGCCUCUCCACAGGCGACAAGACUGGAUUGAUAGAAGUAGUCAUGCACUCAGAUACCAUUGCCAACAUCCAGCUGAACAAGAGCAACAUGGUGGCCACCGCUGCAUUCAACAAAGAUGCGCUGCUGAACUGGCUAAAAUCUAAGAACCCGGGAGAAGCACUAGAACAGGCUAUAGAGGAGUUCACCCUCUCCUGCGCUGGGUACUGCGUGGCAACAUACGUACUGGGCAUAGGGGACCGGCACAGUGACAACAUCAUGAUCCGUGAAACGGGCCAGCUCUUCCAUAUUGAUUUUGGUCACUUUUUGGGGAACUUCAAGACCAAAUUUGGUAUUAAUAGAGAACGAGUUCCUUUCAUCCUAACCUAUGACUUUGUGCACGUCAUCCAGCAAGGGAAAACUAACAACAAUGAGAAAUUUGAAAGAUUCAGGGGCUACUGUGAAAAGGCCUAUAUGAUUCUGCGGCGCCAUGGUCUUCUCUUCCUGCACUUGUUUGCACUGAUGAAAGCUGCGGGCCUGCCAGAACUCAGCUGCUCUAAAGACAUUCAGUAUCUAAAGGAUUCCCUAGCUCUAGCAAAAACAGAUGAGGAGGCACUGAAACACUUCAGACUCAAAUUUAAUGAAGCCCUUCGAGAGAGCUGGAAAACCAAAGUGAACUGGCUGGCACACAAUGUAUCCAAAGAUAACAGGCAGUAGAGCAACUGAGUCAGCCUGUGCACCUGCUCCAGGAGAAUGUACUAUCACUUGCACUGAGCCCAGCAACUGUAGACAGGUUUCUACAGAGUGAUGAAUGUUGCCAUGUUCAAGUUCCCUCACGUGCAUACCUAAAGAUGAGACAUUUCUGCAUGACUGAAACUGUUAGACUGUCAUCAGCUCCAUAAUCGUGUCUGGUCUAGAUCUUUGGGGACGAAGGGGGAGACAAAAGGCAAUAAAAUUUACUGCAUACAAAGAAAGGUAGGUAGAUGUACUGUAUUCUUAACAACUUGUUAAACUUCAAAUACAUCCUUUAAUGGAAGUAUUUAGGUGGCUGAAAUAUCAUUUAAAAUGGGUGACUGUAUGAAAGUGUCUGUUUUCUUGAAAAUUUAGCUGAACACUGCGAAGGUGCUAGUUGUAGCUCUUGCACAGAAGCCCUUGCUCUAGGUACGCACCCGUGCAGCUCAGUGGCAUUAACUCACCACGAGAUCUCAACUUCUGCCCUCUUUCAGUGUAAGCAAGAUUGCCCCUAAAAUAGACUUGCAUAAAAUGUUUUAUUCUGAGGUGUGACAGGGCAAAAAUGCCCAUAUUGCCACUCUGCUAGAGAGGCCAAAGUGUUUUUAAACUGAACUGGAAUUCAUCUACUGCUGUCAAAAACUGAUGCCAGCAGAACAGGUUCUGGUUGGCCCAUGGAUUAGGUAUUUUUGUUUCCUUUCCUAAACUAGGCUUUAUUUCAGCUUCAAGCAGCUCCUGGGUUCCUACCUUUAUUUUACUUCUUUUUCUUCCCUUAAUAAUAGUCUUGCAUUUUGAGCGCUCCCAGGUACACUGGCUGCUCCACCGUGCACCUCGUGCUGCGGCGCAUCAGCGCUCUCCCAGCCGGUGUGCCCGCGUGGCACUGGGCUAAGGCAGCAGCUCCAGGAGCAGCUGGAAGAGACAGUGCCCUGCUGUGGCCAGCUUGCUCCCUGCGGUAGGGCAGCAGGGCCAGAUGAAUGGGUUUAGCAUUGGAAAAUUACGGU